AUGGCUUACAGGUCGCUUACUUCGGCCCAUCCCUUGGCCUUCAGCUAUCCAGGCGGCGCCUCUUCCAGCGAUGGACCAGCGAUCCUGUUGGAGCAGUCCCCGGCGCGGUCAAAGGCGCCGUCCGAUGGGCCCUCGGAGUUCUCGUCUUGGCAUGAUGAUGCCUCAUCAUCAUUGGCUCCAUCUGGAACUGCCAGAGAUGGUACCAUCACGGUCAAUCCCCUCAUCAUGCGUAUGGGGGAGCAUCUCAAGGGGAAGUUGCAAGGAAUGAUCCGACAACGUUUCGAAAAUUACUUGCACAUCAUCAAGACACUGCAGAACGACAUCGGAAAGCUGGCCGCUUUGACCUGUGAAUUGCGAAUGGCGGAUCAUCACGCCUCUGCGGCGGCAGGUGGAUCUCCUACUAUUCGCGUCUCCAUUUCCUGCAAUGAGGAUGGAACCUUUGUGGUGUACACCGUUCCAGACGCAGCUGGUGUGUUGGGCUCGCAGUGUGCCGGACUCGGUGUGGAAGGCGCCAUAGUUGACGCCCACCGAAACGCUGCAAAGCAGCAGCACGGGGGGCGCCCGGGCCAUAGCACGGGUUUCAACUGGGCAAUGCAGAGACCACACGGUGCCGGAGCGACCCCACCGGUGUUUUCCAGUUGGGGCGGACCUGCCUCCGAAAAUGAGUUCUGGAAGCAGGCUGAUGCGGCAGCAGCGCUUCACAAGGACCUGGUGCAGAAGCAUCGCCUGCGAAAUGCCACCAGCUGUAGAGAGAUGCUGGGCAUUGCUGGGCAGCUCAUGAAAUCCGUGGAGAUCUGGCGCGCCCUAGCGGGUUUCGAGGAGCUUCUGGAAGCCAUGGACCAUCGCUUCGCAGAGCUCUGGGAGGCCGAGAUGCACGAAGCCAACAGCGCCAACGAGAGAAGCGAUGGCAGCGAUGGCCACCAUGGGCACCGGCUCCUGUUGGAGUCCAUGCAGCAGCGGCUGUUGGAUCAGCAGACCUUGGCGCAGCGGCUGAGGGAAGAUCUCUCGGCGGCGAAGCUGGAAGAAGAACGGGCACAGGAAGCCGAAGUGAAACUGAUUGCCUCAGCCAAAGCCUUUGAGAUGGAAAUGCGCGAGUUGGCAGGCGUUUGUUGUUGGGGUCCUGUGUGCUGGCAGAAUCAAGUCACACCCAGAUGCCAUGGAAGAUUGGAAGGUUCGACCCCUGCCAGCAGCGAAGGGUCGCCUCCACAUUCCGCAGCAGCAGCGGACGGGCUGGCAGUGUUGCCCACACACAACGACAAGAGCGAUGAGUCUGGGGAUUUGCUGGGCCAGUGGGUGCACAAGGUAUGCGAGUUUGGUAUGAGCGGACGUUGUCACAGCCUUACCGCGCUCUUCCACUUCGGAUACACCACCUGGAAGCAGUUGAUGCAUGGUACGCAGAGCGCAUGGGGCAUGGAGUCGGUGGAGGAUGUGUCACCCGGUCAUAUCGCCGAGGAGGAGGAGAAACAAAUCCAGGAGGUGCCUAAAGAUGAAGCGAUGGCUUCCCACUCCGGCCCACAAAGAACUUUGCGCGAGCGGGUGAAAGGGACCUCGCGAGCGACAGCAAAGAUGGAAGGGCCAUCCAUGAAAGCCGCCGGGAAUCACGUGGCAGAGUCCAGGACUCUCUUGACCAAGCUUCACGAACUCCGGAGCAGCAAGACGCACGCUAUCACCGAGAGUAUCAAAAAGAAGGUCGAGAGCCAAUUGGCAGCUCCAUCGAGCCCUUGCUUGUCAACAGCGACUCAUGAUUCCGGUGUGAAUUCUCACGAAUCCACGCGCAGUCUGACUCCACGUGAAGUAACUCCUGAGACAUCACCUUCUGAGGCGACCACCGCUGCCACACCUCAGACCUGGCGCACGGACAAGGAGAUUAGUGGCGUGACAUCCAACAAGGAGAGGGAUCUCCAGCCCUGGGUCGAACCUGGCGGUUGCUCAGGGACUUUGGAGGAGUUAUCAUCUUCGAACAGAGGCGAGUGGGACCAGUUCAAGGCGAAUGCAGAGCUCUUCGGGUAUGUUUCGACAUUCAAGGACGACCUCUCCCAGUACUCCACAACCAUCGACAUGGCCAAGCUCCCAGAGAAGCAACGAAAGAAGGCCGAGCGCGUGGCGAAGGAGAUUGAACUGCGCCAGUGCUGCCGAGGUGCAGCAGAUGAGGAGCCCUUGGACGCGGUGGAUGAAGAAGACUUGUUCUCCGCCGUGCAGCGCGAUGACAAGAGCAAGGCACCAAAAGAUCAGGAACUCCAUGCCGUCUCAGGCUCCUUCUUCCAUGUGGACGGGGUGGGGUUGGUAGACGAGAACGUGGUCCGCUCCCACCCGUGGAUGCUGAACAACUCCAGCUUGCAGAGUGCUGUCCCCACCCCUGGCGCUAACUUCCUCAGCACCCAGCCCCAGACCGGUGGCGGGCCAGCUGUGCCAGGGCUGGUACUCAGCACCAACCCAGUCGCAGGUGGAGGUGGUGGACCAGAUGCCACACUGAACCCUUGCACCACACCGUGGCAGAUGCCUUCCAUUUCUCCAGGGAUGCCAGUCGUACUUGAGGGCCUGACCAACGCACCCCAUUUCAAUGGCCUCUCAGCCAUGGUGGAAUCAUUUGAUGUAGAGACCAACCGCUACAACGUGCAGUUGCCUAUCUUGGACAUUUCGGGAGCCUGCCAAGUAGCAAAGAUCCGUCCUGAGAACUUGCGCAUUGAUUACCGGCCGUUUGGAAACUGCCAGUGA